AUGCGCCGGGUAUCGGAGCAAAGCGUCAUGGGUAUGCCUUGCCGCACCCUAGUUACCGUGAAGGAGCUCAGCAGCAAAGAACAGCUGCUGCGGUUCGGCAUCAACCACGUGAUUUGCCACGACGAGCUCAAGAUGUCGAUGCUGGCCUGCGCCACCCUGUACCCCGCCUUCCUGCCGUUCGCGAUCAACGCCAUGCGGAGCAGCAGCGACUACACCGUCCCGGUGAACAACACAGGAGAAGUCAAGCACCGCCACGGCCCUUCCAGCGACGGGGCCAUGGCCGCCACGGCGGGCGGCGGCCUUGACCAGACAUGGAACUCCUCUUCCGCCCAGGGCGGCGACGGCGGCGGCGACGGCGGCGGCGACGGUAGCUCGACCGGCGCCCCUCCGAUGUGGCUCACCGACUACAAGAGGGGCAUGGAGUAUGAGGUCUACUCGCUUGCUCUCAAUGUGGGGGAAGACUCGUGUCUCUGGGGGCUGACAUUCAGCAGAGCUGCCCUCGAGCUGUACGAGGACUCGAAGGGAGAGGUUCUCCUCAUGGCCGUGGUGCGCGACUUCCGGGACGUCGCUGCCGCGGGCCUCGGCUCCGGCAACGCGAAAGCAACACCCGCGAACGGGCUGGCUGCCGCCGCCGCCGCCGCCGACAGCAGCAGCUGCGCCCCGGCAGAGGCGACCGCCGUCCCCACCGCCAUGGAUACCAGCGUUGAACCGAACGCCAGGUUGCAGUCUGGAGGGGGAACGCGGGGAGACAACCGGCGACGGCGGGAGGGCGUGGCGGCGAGCGGGGGGUCGGGGGGAUUCUCGGCGUCGUUCGUGCACGCGACGAUCUUUCCCGGGGACGACUUCACCUUCGCGGGGGAGUGCAACGUGCUCGUUCUCGCGGAGUCCAAGAGUCAGGCGGAGUACCACCUGAUCAAGCUGCAGGAUUCGCUACCAUCGACAACGGAGUCGCGCCUGAAGCAGGAGGAAGACGAGGGUCACGGUGAAGCAGAAGCGGCCGCCGCCGCCGCCGUCGCCGCUGCUGCUUCGGCCGUGGUGUUGGAUACUUCGUCGAGUUCCGGGGAAGAGGCGUCCUGCGGCGCGAGCGCCGCGGGGCUGAUGAUCGUCAAGCAGGCGGCUCCGCAGGUGACCACGGCGGGCGCAGGGGUGAGCGGGGGAACAGAAGAGGCGGAGGAAAAGGUCGAGAGCGGCGUUGCCCCCGGCGAGGCCUUGGCGGGGGCUGGGGAGCCGGUGGAGGCGGAAACCGUCGAGGCGCGGGCUAGGUUGAGUUCGUCGGGGGCGCAGGCGGCGGCAGAGGAGGCGGGGACAGGUGCAGCGAUGGCGGCGACGGCGGCGGUAGCGGCGACGGCGGGAUGGGAUGGGCAAGCGAUUCCUUUGCGUCGGAUACCGCCGAGGGGGGGAUUGACAGGCAGCUGUCCCUAUGAGGAGCAACAAGAGGAACAGAUGGAAGCAGUGCGAGAAGAAAUGCGCACCGAAGACGGGGUUCGGUGGAAGGAGGCGUUGGAGGCCCUCACGACAGCAACUGGACAACUUAACUCGCUCAAGACGGCGGCGGGCACGUUCACCGAGUCGACCAUCACGCUCGACCCGAAAGAGUUUUUUUCGACGGUGCAGGAGGCACGCUGCCGGCUAGACGACGCUCUGCGCGUCCAGGCCGCCGCGGUGCCCGAGGACCUCGAGGACCACCUCGUUAUCAUCGGCGCUCACCCGCGCUUGCAGUACUACGUGGCCGCGAUGCGUCGGCAACGCCCCGACGUGGCCAUCGUUGUGGUCACCGAGGACAAGGAAAGGUUCUUCGAGUUGCGCGAGAAGAUUGCAGAAGCGAAGUGCGACUGCGCCGACCUGAACAUCACCAAGAUCUUUUCCGUUACCGGGAAGAGCCAACAAAGAGCCACCUUCAACAAGGCCAGGGUGGCAAACUCUGCCGCUGUGCUUCUCGUGUCGGACGAGCCGAAUGAUACGGACGUGCUCCUGGUAUCGUUCGAGCUGGAGCAGAUGCUGAGGGAGAUACCAGCAGGUCAACAUGCCCCUAAGGUGUUGAUCGACCUUCACACCGACAACAGCAUCUACUACUGCGGAAACAUGCUCGGCCGUGGGGGGGGCGGGUCCACCGCUAGGCGCGGGCGCAGCAGCCGCAUCCUCAAGGAAUCAUCGGCGUUAACCUCCGCCGGCGUGUGGGAAUGGCCGCUUUUCACCGCUGGGAUGGUGUGGACUGAAUCAAUCAUGGAGGUGUUCGAGGUGCAGACGUACUUCAGCACGGAGUUUUUGGCGUUCUUCGAGACCCUUCUCCAGAUGAAACGCCCGGUACUCGUCGGGAACGAGCUGGUAGACGACGCAUCCAUCAUGGAGCCCGCAGUGCCACCCCCCGCCUCUUCUGGCCGCGAUGACGAUGGAACCCGUGACACUACGCCCUCUGCUGGUGCAUGUGGAAAGAAGCCCCGUUCGCGCCACUCGCCGUUCCGCGGACAAGCUGGGACUGCUUCCACUGUCUCCCCCACGGGGCAGUUUGACAUGCUACGCGUGGCGUCGCGCAAGUUCUGGGGGGGAAGGUACGACGCCCUGGCGCGGGAGCUCAUCCUGCAGGGGGCUAUGCCGCUGGGACUCUACCGCCCGACGGGCACGAAGGGCAGCAGUCUGCCCUACACUCAGGUCAACCCUGAAGUCUCCGAGCGCCUCGUGGAAGGGGAUUUCGCGUUCGUCCUGAGAUCUAGGUCUUGCUCCCUGAUUGGCUCGGUCUGAGGAGUCCACGCACGCUGCUUUCCGCGUGGACGAAUCAUAAUCUGACGGACUGGAGGAAGCCGCGCGGAAAACCGAGAACCGCAAGCUGGUGUGUGUGUGUGUGUGCUGUCAACGGUCGAUCUGUUUUGCUGGCUCUGUCCUGAUGGAUCGUUCUGUUGUUUUGACCUCGGAUCGUUUCGCAGGUUGCCGUUGAAGAAAAUACCCAUAAGCAAGCAAGCGUGGGAGAUGUUUUGGUGGACGUCGUGAGGCCCAAAGGUCAUGAUUCAUGCUUGCCUCCGUCUGGAACAUUUCGAGGGGCCAGGUUGUUGGGGGAUUGAUUGUGUUGAGGGCGGGACACAGGCUGUGCGCGAGGGGGGGAGGCAAUAUCCGGUGCGUCUUGGUUGCCUGU